GCGAAACACAAGUGUUCAAUUGAGAGAGAGAGAGAGAGAGAGAGAGAGAGAGAGAGAGAGAGAGAGAGAGAAUGGGGGGGAGGCUCAAUGAAGCAGAGAUCAAAGUACACGUAAGUUCGUUGCACGAAGAACAUGAAUGCAAUCUUGAUGGAGCUGUGGUGAAAUGUUUCAAUUGGACUCCUCUACAUGCGGCUGCAUCAAGUGGGCAACUAGAGCUUUUCCAGCAACUGUUGAGUAGCAGCCCAGAGCUUGCUGAUGCUCUAGAUUCGCAACAACGAUCGCUCCUUCACUUGGCAUCGGCCAACGGACACAUUGGGAUUGUGAAAGCAUUAACAAAGGUGAGACCAGAGAUGUGCCUAGCUCGUGAUCGAGAUGGUGCAAACCCUCUUCAUGUUGCAGCUAUGAGAGGAAAAGUCGAGGUCUUGGAUGAGUUGUUUCAAGCUAACCCCCAUGCAGCUCGAGCUUAUAGGGUGGACAGGGGAGAAAGAGAGACUAUCUUACACAUAUGCGUCAAAUACAACCAGCUACAGUUUCUACAAAUGUUGUUGGAGAAAUACUUUAAAGGUGAGGAGUUUGUCAAUGCUAAAGAUAAUGCUGGCAACACCAUACUACACCUUGCUGUUGCGGAUCGAAGAUUCCAGAUUAUCGAGCAUGUUCUCAGCCACACGGAAAUACAUGUCAAUGCAACAAAUGAAAUCAAAAAAACAGCGAUGGACAUUCUACUUCUUGGACAGAAAAAAGGAACAGAACCAGAAGGAGUAGACUAUGAUAUUCAAGCCUUAAUUCGAAACACACGUGCUAAAAGAGUCAAGGAUACCGUCGAUCCUUCGAAAUUACCAGAGAGAAAAAAUGCAAUUAUAAUAGCUGCUGUACUAAUGGCAACCGUAGCCUUCCAAGCAGGGGUGACCCCUCCAGGUGGUGUUUGGCAAGACGAUUCAGAUGGACACAAAAGCGGAGAAGCUGUGAUGGCUUACAAUCAUCCAUUUCUGUUCUGGUACUUCUCCGGUUUUAAUAUAAUCGGGUUUGUCGCAUCUCUAGUCACAAUCAGUUUGAUCAUGAUUGAAUUCCCCUUCAAGAAAAUGACACAUUGGCUGUUGAUUGCUUCGCUUAUGGGCGCAACAAUUGUAUCGAUAGCGAUAAUGUACUUAAUUUCUCUUGCUGCGGUUGCGCCUGGACCGAAACCAAGCAACCGAACAGUCCUUCACAUUGGUGGGAUUCUAACUAUAACUUCGGUCACCAUAGCAGCUGCUUCUUUCCUAUUGUGCAUGAUAGCAAGAACUAUGCGCAAGAGAAAGAGCAGAAAUAACGCCGUGGAUCCACCUUCAGAAAACGAGGCUAAUGUUUGAUUUUUUUCUGUUCUUAUUGUAUGAAUUUUCAUGAGCAAUGCAAUAAUCAUGCAUGCUCUGGUGUUUAAUUUAAAAUUGUUAUGUUUAAAUUCAAGGUUUGCUAGUUAUUGUAAUAAAAUUGGAUUGUGAUUUGCGAGUAGUA